AUGGCCAGCUCUCGUCGCAGGACGUCCAGCAGCGACUGGCUUCUGCUCGCCUUGACUCUCGUGGCCGUUGCACCCUGUCCUUCUUUGGCCUCCGCAUCAUCCACGGCUGCGUCAUCGGCGACAGAAUUCCACAAAAUCGCACCCUCGCUGCUGAGACGACCAAGACCACCGCACUUUGCCGCCGCCCGCGGCUCCAACAGCACCAACAGCACCACAUUCGACCCGCUCGCCUGGGUCGACCCGCUGAUUGGCGCCUCCAAUGGCGGCAACGUCUUCCCGGGCGCGUCGUUGCCGUACGGCAUGGCCAAGGCCGUUGCCGACACCAACAGCGGGUCCAACCAGGGCGGGUUCACGCUGGACGGCAGCCCCGUCACGGGCUUCAGCAUGAUGCACGACUCGGGCACGGGCGGUAGCCCGUCGCUCGGCAACUUCCCGCUGUUUGCGUACACGGCGUGCGCUGACGACGGCGCCGUCGACGGCUGUGUGUACCCCAAAAAGGGACGGGCGACGUAUGGGCAUUUCCGCAACGCGAGCGUGACGGCGCGCCCAGGCCUCUUCGGGAUCGGCUUGGACACGGGCAUUUAUGUGAAUAUGACGGUGGCGCACCACACGGCGCUCUUCCGGUUCACGUUCCCAGACAACGGCACGGUGACGGGCACGUACCUCGACAAGACAAAUGCCACCAAGACGACGAGCUACACGGGGCCCGUCCAGCCGCUCAUCCUCCAGGACCUGUCCGACCUGGCGGACUCGCGCCAGGACAAUGCCACGAUCCAGGUCGAUCCAGCGACGGGGCGCAUCACGGGCAGCGCGCGAUUCCUGCCGAGCUUUGGAAGCGGCAAUUUUGUGCUGUAUUUUUGCACAGACUUUGACGGCGCGACGAUUCUGGACAGUGGCAUCUAUGCCAACAGCCGGGCCAGCACGGCCGUGCACAAUCUGACCAUCUCGCGAUCGAUUAACGGCUACCCGCUGCCCGGCGGUGCCUUUGUGCGGUUCACAUCGGCUGCGAACCCCAUCACGGCGCGCGUGGCCACCAGCUUCAUCAGUGUUGAGCAGGCGUGCCAGCAUGCCGAGACCGAGAUCCCCUCGUUUGAUUUCGAGAGCGUGGCGCAGGCCGCGACCGACGCCUGGCGGGCCAAGCUCCGUCCGAUCCGCAUCGUCGUCGGCAACUUCACAGGCGCUCUCGCCGUGCAGAACCAGACCCACGCCAACGAAUCGAGCGUGCCGCCGCCCAAGCGGCCGCCGCCGACGUCGACGACCAGCACGGGCACGGCGCGCCCGACCUUUCGGCCCCUGCCACUGACGCCGCCCAAUGGCACGUCCAUCUUUGCCAACGCGACGUCCGCUGGCAAUAGCUCCCGGCCGGCGGCCGUCGCUUUCACGACACCGGACGACAUGCUGCGCAACUUUUACAGCGGCAUCUACCGCACCAUGAUCAACCCGCAGGACUACACGGGCGAGAACCCGCUGUGGUCGAGCAGCGAACCGUACUUUGAUUCGUUUUACUGCAUCUGGGACCUGUUCCGCUCGCAGAUGCCCUUCCUCACAAUCAUCGACCCGGACGCGCUGGCGCGCAUGAUCCGCUCGCUCGUCGACACGUACCGCCACGUCGGCUGGCUGCCGGACUGCCGCAUGUCGCUGUGCAAGGGCUACACGCAGGGCGGCUCCAACGCCGACAACGUGCUCGCCGACGCCUUCACCAAGGGCAUCCAGGGCGGCAUCGACUGGGACGCCGCGUACGCGGCCGUCCUCCAGGACGCCGAGGUCGAGCCGUACGACUGGUCCAGUGAGGGCCGCGGCGGGCUCGACAGCUGGAAGGCGCUGGGGUACAUCCCCGUGCAGGACUUUGACUACAAGGGCUUUGGCACCAUGACGCGCAGCGUGUCGCGCACCCUCGAGUACAGCUACAACGACUACUGCAUCGCGCAAAUGGCCCACGGCGGGCUGGCGACGUCGGCGGCCGACGAGGCGACGUACCUGGACCGCAGCGGCAACUGGCAGAACCUGUACAAGGCAGACCAGCCGUCGCAGUGGUGGAACGGCACGGACACGGGCUUCACGGGCUUCUUCCAGCCGCGCAACCUCAACGGCACGUGGUCCUACCAGAACCCGCUGAACUGCAGCAACCCGGACGAGUCCAGCGUGUGCUCGCUGCAGAACACGGGCGCCGAGACGUUUGAGAGCAGCCUCUGGGAGUACGGCUUCUUUGUGCCGCACGACCAGGCCACGCUCAUCCAGCUGUACGGCGGCGACGACGCCUUUGUGCGCCGCCUCGACUACCUGCACGACCACGGCAUCGUGUACAUUGGCAACGAGCCGGCGUUCCUGACCGUCUUCCAGUACCACUACGCCGGCCGCCCGGGCCUGUCGGCCAAGCGCGCGCACACGUACGUGCCGCAGUUCUUCUCGCCGACGCCGGACGGCCUGCCGGGCAACGACGACAGCGGGGCCAUGGGCAGCUUUCUGGCCUUUACGAUGAUGGGCCUCUUCCCGAACCCCGGCCAGAACGUGUACCUCAUCAUCCCGCCCUUCUUUGAGGCAGUGCACAUCACGCACCCGCUCACCAACAAGACAGCCGUCAUCCGCAGCACCAACUUUGAUGCCACGUACGAGGCCGUCUUUAUCCAGAGCGCCACGCUCAACGGCGCGCCGUACACCAAGAACUGGGUGGACCACGCCUUCUUCACCGAGGGCCACGAGCUGGUCCUGACGCUGGGCCGCAACGAGAGUGCCACUUGGGGACGGGCCGCCGCCGACCGGCCGCCGAGUGUCGGCGAAUAUCACACGGGGAACGCGAACACGACGGCCGGCACGCGGCGUGAGACGAGGUACCGCGGACACUUUGAGAGAGGGGGUCUGUAA